AUGAUACCAUUGAAGCAAACCCUGAGGACAAACACAAGCAUCAAGCAGGCUGAGCAGUCUAAGGGAACAGACGACCGCCAGUCUAGCCAUGACUCUGAUGAUGCGCCCCAGCCCUUGCAAGCCACCCUUGACCAUGGCAAGAAUAGGACCAGACCCGAUGGACCUGGCAGGGUCGACAACGUAGAUGGAGCUGAUGAGCCCAUACCCAUUGACGGCGAUGACGGCUGCGAGAACAUCGAUGAUCUAACCGACCUAGAGGUAGAGAAGGAGCGCGAUGAAGAGCAAAAGAGGAAAGCGGAGGAGGAGGAUAAGAAGAAGGAGGAUAAGAAGAAGGAGGAGAAGAAGAAGGAUGGAGACUGGAUCAAAAUCUUCACCGUUUCGAUUCCCGCGAUCACUCUCGGGUACCAACUGCAACUUCGGUUGGACGAUUAUCGUAUUAAGCGUUAUGAUGACGAGGACGAUGAUAAUGAUAACGAUGAGCCCGAGGGAGGAUAUAAGGCGACGGCGCGGAAGGAGGCUGGAGAGGUGCCAGCAAGGCAAGGACCAGGAGGCGACAGUUCUGGUGUGGUGUGUUCCGCGGAAAUUUAG